UACUGUGACUAUUCGCCUUGCCCUUCGUCCUUUCGCCGGCUUUUGCUUUUUGCAGUGUAUUUCAUCGCUUCAUGCCAAGCACACUGUAGUAUAAACAUGUACAUCCCCAGAAUCGCCGGCCUGAGUAGCCUGAACGAUAAAGGAAGCACGCCAAACUAGUCACUGCCAUGAAGUAUGGUCGUCAAGGGUGGCCUGAAGUUGAGCAUUCUCGGCGGAGCAAUCUACGCGACGCAAAAAGCCGAUAGUAUGCAGACUACCGAAAACAUCAAAGCCUACAUCACCACCAACCCCACCGUGAAGUACUACUGCGCUUUGACGGAGUUAACAAGUUUGAGAGGUGCGGAACGAUGCCCUUCCUUCCUUCCCUGUCCUGCAGGUGUCAAGGCCACAUUCAAGCACCUCUUGAACAUGCCAGAAUAUUCAAAGCAAGCUGCUUCAUGGUGCAUGAAUGCUAUGUCCGGGAUGAUCGAGGAGCCUAAGACACCACCUGCCGACACCAAGAAGCCAUCAAAGUAACUUUCACAGAGCCUAGGUGAUCAGCUGUAGUAAAUUGAUAGCAGUGUGCACAAAUAAAGCCGUAAAGCUGUUCUA